AGCAACAUGAGGACAUCACUACUUAUCGUGGGCUCCCUCUUGGUGACCAUCUUCCUGGCUCAUCUUCCAGUUGGGCUAGCCGUCUCCUGUGCCACAGAUGCAACCGAUCCGACUUGCACCGAUUGUACACUUCCUGCGAAUGCGGAUGCACCCGAUUGUGUCACAGUCGCUCCGGUGACUGCGGCCCCCCCAGCUGACGCAGAAUCGAGCACAAUUGCCGGUGGCGCCGCAGAAAGCACCACCGCCGCCACUGCAGGCACCGAUACGACCACCGCCGCAUCUGGAAGCACUGGAGGCACUGGAAAAGGUGGCAAGAGGCGAGUCAAGAGGGUCUACAAGCGGAAGGUGAAACACCCGAAGAGGAUCAUUAAGAGGAGGACCAACCGUCGCAGGAACAAGAGCAGCAAAACCUCCAAAUUCUUCUAA